CGAGUACUCCUUAACGUACACUGGAAACAAACGGAACCAUGAAGAUAUACUGUUCCUUGCUAUUUGUUGUUCUAGUGUCUCAAACAAUUGCAGUACCUAAUAGGCGUGGUACGUUGGAAUGUCUGGUAUGCCGCAAACAAGACGACCUGACAGUUGCCGAGUGUGUUAAAAAUCGUGAGACUGAAACGUGCGAACAACAUAAGCCGACAUGUAUGACAGAAUUAUGGAACAAUAAUGGACGUAUUAUCUUCAGCUCCGGGUGUAAACAGAGUCGGGCUUGUUCUGAAGUAGAGGCAAAUGAGCCCAAGUCAAACCAAUGUGAUGUACAGCCGUUGCACGUCGCGACCAAGUGCCGAUAUUGCUGUACUAUCGCAGAGGAACUAGCCCCUGGUGGUUAUUGUAGAUUCCCAGCAUGGAAAAAAUGUGUCGUUAAGGGUGAUCCACAUUUCACAACCUUCGAUCAGUAUAGAUACGACUAUUCCGGGUCAUGUGCAUAUACUUUGUUACAAGACGUCAGCAACGGUCCCGGGGCCGUCCCAGCCUACAAGGUAUCGGCAACAAACAUGUUUAUAGGACGGACCGCACGCUUGGUGGAUGUGAAUAUUACAGUGGAGGGACAUGCCGUUGAAAUCGGCACUAUGAUCGGACAAAAUGAAACAACGGUGGAAAUACGGAUUGACGGCAUAUCUCCCGUAAUUAAUUCAUUUCCCUAUGAAUUGAAUGAGGGUAAAUUGGUUAUAAACAAUACGAAAGGGGGGUACAUGACUGUCAGUGCACCCAUGGCAGGAUUGAUAGUUUACUGGAACAAGAAAUACCAUCUCGAGAUAUUGCAUGACACGACAAUGGUAAUGGAAGGCAGGUUAACGAUUGGGGGCAUGUGUGGUAAUGCCAACGGUGAUAGUGAUUUUCGAGAUGAGUUGAAAACCAGAGGAGGUCAACCAGUUGAAGACGAAUCUGAAGAAUCCGUCAACAUAUUUGCAAGUAGUUGGGAAGUUACUGGAACUUGUGUUUCAGUGUGAACGAAUUGACUAUAUAUUACAAGACACUACGUACGGACCAACACUUUAAAGACGUGAAUGUAUUAUGAGGUUAUUACGAGGAUACUGCAAAGUAUGCACGAAGACAGUACAGCGGAAGUAUCGACUGACGCGCUGCGGAGGUCGAUGCGAUCGCGUACCGUCUGAGUGCAUACUUUGCAGUACCUACGUAAUAACAUUAUUAUUAUAAUAUCGUAGAAUGAAAAUACCCCGUAAAAUACCACAAAAUUAUGUCACGCUGUAAGUUAUGACGUUACGGCAACAGAUGUAUAAUAAUAUUACAGAACCGGAAGAAGCAAUUUAGUUUUCCUGACUAGGUCGUUUUGCAUGUAGAAUUGUUCAUAUGAUGAAUAAUAAAGGGUUAUAUAGA